UGCAGCGCGGCGGCCGAGCCGGCAGCGGGCCGCCGCGGGCAGCCCCUCCGGGCCGCGAGGUCCGGAGAAGCGCGGAGGAUGGCGCUGAAGCGGAUCCAGAAGACCCUGCCGCUGUUCUACUUCUGCUUAGAGCCAGUUGAUCAUGCAAAGAUUGAAACUUCUAAACUAUGAGCCAAAAUAAGCCUCUGGUGUCAGGUAUUGCACCCCAGCAACAGCAAAGCAGCUAAGGCAUAUGCUGAACUCCUGGGUGCUGGUUGGAGCUCGUCAGUGGGGACCCACUUUUGGCCUCUAAGAAAUCAGAAUUGACGGACUUGCAGCGGGAUCCUCCCGCCCAGUGCUCCGCAGGACCUGUGGGUGAUGACUUGUUCCACUGGCAGGCCACCAUCAUGGGCCCGAAUGACAGCCCUUACCAAGGAGGCGUUUUCUUCCUGACCAUCCACUUUCCUACGGAUUACCCAUUCAAGCCCCCAAAGGUUGCUUUCACAACCAAAAUCUAUCACCCCAAUAUCAACAGCAAUGGCAGCAUCUGCCUGGAUAUCCUGCGAUCACAGUGGUCUCCAGCGCUGACCGUGUCCAAAGCUUUAACAGUAGGAAAACUUCUCAGGACUUCAGUGGACUCGCCAAAGCCAGUUUGGAGUCAUGGUGGGCCCAGACAAAGUGGAAACGACAAUUCUAGGAGCUCUUUCUGCUCCUUACCAUGCCCUGAGGUUCUCUUGUCCAUCUGCUCUCUGCUCUGCGACCCCAACCCUGAUGACCCUCUGGUGCCAGAAAUAGCCCACACCUACAAGGCUGACAAAGACAAGUACAACAGACUAGCCCAAGAGUGGACACAGAAAUAUGCUAUGUAAGUGCCUCAGAGGUUUCAUGGGACAAGCUCACUUGCCUGGCCCUUGUCUCCCUGUGAAGUGAGCUGUCGGCUGCAUCACUCAUGGAGCGCCAUCUCUUCUUCACACAUGCCUUGGCUGCCCACUGUCUGGCUGCACUGUGUUGGUGCCACUCUCAGCCAUUGUGGCUUUGACAGUGUCGCAUCUGUGAUGCCAAAUCAGGAGCCAUUGUUACGAUCUGCAGCCUUCCUGGUUACACCAAGACCAGUCUGUCUGCCCUGUGUCAUCUGCUUUUUGGGGGACAGAGUCGUGCACGCCUCCCCCAUCAGCCUCAGACAGUCCUGCGACUCACAGUGGCGCCAGGCGGGAGCCUAGCCUGGCCCCUAGCUACGUGCCCUUCACCCUUAGAACUCAGCUUCCCUGGGCAUCCAGGGCAUAGCAGCUUCCUUUACAUCCCGUCUGCCACAGGCCCACACCCUGAGGAAUCUGAGUGCAUCCUAGAGGCUCCUGGGAAUCGGGACAGCAUCGCUGGAAAACAGAAGCCUCUUUCUGUGGCUGCUUCCGUCUUCCAUUGUCUUCCUCUGCAAAUCCACAUGGUGCAUUUCUCUCCUCACCCCAAGAAGCAGCAAGUGGAAGCUGUCAGGAUAUAAAGCACUUAACACUGCAUGAAACGUGACUCUUUUUUAGAAGCAAGAGAAGAAGUACGAAAACAGGAAAGAUACAGAUGCUUUUCUAUGUGAUAAGGGUUCCCCGACCCCACCCCCUCCUGCCAGGAACCUCCGCAAAGUCCAAGUGUAAGCCAUUCGCAAAUGAGAAUACAAAUAUCAGGAAAGACUUCUUUCAAGUGUAAAUAAAAAUGCGGUUUCCUCAUAACCCAAUGGUAA